GCGGGUUAAGAAAAAACACCUCAGCGGCCAGCGCGCUCGUGAGCGAGUGUCCCUAACAAACCCCGGGGAGCCUCCGCACGAGGCUCGGGGGUUGGAAUGGUUACGCCCGCUGGCUCUAGGGACCGUCUCCGAAGAGUCUGUCCUGGAGGGAGACGGAGGCUGGCGGGAGGGCUGGGGGAAGGGAUCCCAGCCUGGAACAACUGCUGACUAAUCGGCAGGCGGGAUCACGCGCCCGUGUGUGCGCGCUGUGGGUUUCGGGCACCUAGGUCUCGGCCUGGAGGUGGCGGCCCGACUCCCAGGCGGGGCUCCCCCCACCCGGCCUUCCAGGGUAGGGGAGAACGUUCUUCGCAGAACCUUGUACGCGUGGCCCGAGAGGGCGGGGGAGGGGACUGAGAAUAGGAAACCCAGGCUCACGAAAUCGAGUACUUUCCCCUAAGUUACAAAGCUGAAUUCGACCCCGGGACUCCCCCCGUGUGUGCACCACCCGGAAGCAUCUUUCCUGCCCUUGACUUCCCAGUCUGUCCUGGCUUCCCAGUAAGAUUCGGUUGGAGAUACAGGCGCAAUGAUACUGCGUGCCUAAGAUGUGUGAGGCCCCCGUUUCCGUUUGCAACAUCAAGAAAGAAAAGAGACUGAUCCAGAGGACUCGAGGCCUGCUUCCGAAUGUCCAUGAAUUAGUCCCUUAGUGCUCAGGGAUGGAAUGGUUGUGAGAAGCUUCAAUUUAGGUGACCCAGCCUCCAGCACUGGGGAGCAAAUCCAGGUGCCCAUGUAUGCUAGUGUACAGCCUCAGGACCACCUUUGACCACCAUCAACCAAACCAUGCAUGUCUGGGACUCUCCUGGCUCACUGUCCCGGGCACUGCCCCUUGCCUCCUCAGUCCUGAUGCUCCUGAUGAGCUGCCUGUGGUUGUUGGGGGCUGGCCCCAGCCUUACAUUGGCUCCAGAGCUGCUACUGGACCCGUGGCAGGUGCACCGGCUUCUGACCCAUGCUCUGGGCCACACUGCACUGCCGGGCCUGCUCCUGAGCCUGCUGCUCCUGCCCACUCUGGGCUGGUGGCAGGAGUGCCGUCUAGGCACUCUGCGCUUCCUGCACAACUCCGCCCUGCUUGCCCUGGCUGCUGGGCUGCUGGCUGUGCUGCUGGCAAGCCUCGGGGUGUCCAAUGCAGCUGGAGGCUGUGGAUAUAUGCCUGUCCAUCUGGCCAUGCUGGCAGGGCAGAGUUACUACCCUGGAUGGCGUCAGGGGACACUGCCACCAUGGCUGCUCCCGUGGCUACUGCUGGCCCUGACCCUGCUGCUCAGCUCUGAGCCGCCCUUCUUGCAGCUCCUCUGUGGCCUUCUUGCUGGCCUAGCCUACGCUGCUGGGGCCUUCCGGUGGCUGGAGUUCUCCGAGCGGAGAUUGCAGGUGUUACAGGACAGUGUCCUUUGCAGGACUCUGACCCAGUGGUGGCCACUGAGGCUUUUUCCCACCCCAGACAAUCUGACUGAACUGCCUGUCACUUAUCCUGCUGCAGUGAGGCCUGCUACCCCUGGACCUCCUUACCUUGCUUCCCCAAGCUCCUGGUCUCACAGUGAUGGUUCUGCCCAGCUUCCACCAGGCGUGGGGCCUGUGCAGCCGGCAUGGAAGGACUCCGAGAGGAGCCUGAAGUGGGCUGUGUCCAGCUUUGCCCCAGGAACCCCGAUGUGGGCAGCCCUAGAUGAGCAAAUGCUACAGGAAGGGAUCCAGGCUUCACUUCUUGAUGCAUCAGCUCAGGGUUCUCAGAGCUUGUCAUGGUUGCCCAAGUCCUCUGGGUCUUCUCUACGGCUGCAGCAGCUAGAGCACAUGGGAUUCCCCACUGAGCAGGCCGCAGUAGCCUUGGCAGCUACAGGGCGUGUGGAGGGUGCAGUGUCACUGCUGGUUGAAGGGCUGGUAGAAACCGCAGCCGUAGCAACCGAGGGGAGGAGUGGUCCUGCCUACUGCAAGGACACUGGACCCUCAUAAUCCAGGAAAAGAGCAGAAUCUUUGGCCUGACCUGAGUCCUUGCCCAGUCUGCUGAGGGCAUCCCUGGGGGCAGGAGUGGGCCCCAGCAUGUUCUAAUACUUCCUAAGAAUAAAAGCUGAUG